CAUAUUACAUUUUAGAAUAUCUACUGGUUCGUUAUCGUGUACAAAUAGUGAACACGCAAUUAAUGCUAUUUCGUAAAAAAAAACUGAUGUGAGAUGUUUGACACAGCAACAAAUAUAAUUUUGAUUUUUUUCUUUGUUUUGAAUACCGGUGUUCAAACUAUGGAACGGAAUCGUUGCGACUCCGUAUGUCGUGACCUACCUCAAGAUGAUAAUGAGCCAGUUUGUUUGAUGAUGAGUAGAUACAAGCGGGGAUAUGAAUUCUUCGUCAACCUUUGUCACGCCAGGCGAACAAUUUGUAGAGAAAAUUUAGAAAAUAAAAUAGGUAUAUCUAAAAUAGCAAAACCGAAACCUGUUGUAUUUCAAGAAGCGCUGCGUACAACUAUCAUAAUUGGACAAGUAUUUUCACUUUUUCCAGUUAGUGGUGUUUGCAACAACAAUGUAUCUAAAGUGAAAUUUGAAUGGUCAUCUUGGAAAUGUUUCGGUUUACUUUUGUCGAUGACUGGACAAAUUUUGAUGACGAUAAUGUGCAUUUACAAUACUGUUUACUCAAAAGCAUCGCUAAAUAUUGAAACUCCUGUAAUUUUCUAUGGUAUGACAUGUAUCACAAUGGCGAUGUUCCUCCGUGUUGCCACGUUAUGGCCAAAACUUGUCCGCCACAUCACGGCAGUUGAAGAAUCGGAUCCAAACUACGACACGUCUUUAAACCGCAAGUGCAAUGUCACAUGCGUUAUUAUCCUAUUAUUGUCGUCAUUUGAGUACGUCCUUUCAUUAUUGUUUGCUUUUGUAAAAGCAAGUGAGCUAAAAAAUAAGGAUUCGUGGUACGAAAGCUUUGCUGAAUAUUUAUAUCCAUGGGUUUUUAAUUACUUACCUUUUUCUCCACUGCUUGGAGUAAUGGUGCAGUUGAUCCAUUUUCAAGCAACUUUUAUCGUGAUUUUUUCCGAUCUCUUUAUAAUAUGUAUGAGCUACUAUUUAACAUCACGGUUGCGACACAUCAACACUAAAGUAUUAGUGGCUAGACAAAAACACUUGCCCGAAACUUUUUGGGAAAGGACACGCGAAGACUACACCCGAGCAGUCAAGCUCGUGCGUAAAGUUGAUGACGUGAUAAGUGGAAUAAUUUUUAUAUCAUUUGCGCAUAAUCUAUUUUUCGUCUGUGUUCAAUUAUUUCAUACAUUAGAAAGAUCCAGCGCACUUGGUGGUUAUAAAACUGAAACCUAUUUCGUCUUCUCUCUGAUUUAUCUUAUAAUUCGGUCAGUAGCUGUAUCUCUCAUAACUUCUCAAAUAAAUACAGCAUCGAUGUCGCCAGCACUUGUGUUAUAUGAUGUACCAACGUCACUUUACUGUAUCGAGGUUCAAAGAUUUCUUGAUCAAGUCACUGGAGAUAAAAUUGCGUUGACGGGGCUACAAUUUUUCAGAGUCACUCGUAAAUUGCUUUUAAAUAUAGCGGGAACGAUAGUGACUUAUGAGCUGGUAAUGUUUCAAUUCGACACGACUACUUCAAACGAAUUAGGAACACCAUUUCCGUCUACAAAUUUAAUGAAUAACAGGAGCUUUCAAAGAAGUAACUUUACAGGAUAAAAUAUGAAUUACAAUUUAUAUUUAGUAAAAUUUUAAAGGUCUUAAAAGUUAAACAGGUAUAAAAAUAUAAAGUCGUUUGUGUACAAAGCACCCUAGCCAUAUUAAGCAAUUAAAAAUGUUUGAGAAUUUUUUCGGUUAGUGUAAAGUGUUUAAGUAACAAAUACAUACAGACACCCAAAAUAACUUUCGUUUUAAAAUAUUAUUAAUACUACAUAUUCAAAUUGUAGACUGUUUUCGAGAUGACUUUUAAAUCUAAACCUACUAUUGAAUAAAUAACUUACAAAAUACUUACGGAUUUAAAUUGAAUCCCUACUGUUUUCACAUAAAAACAUCGAUAUCGUAUUUUACGAAUUCAUAAAAUCUUUAAAACAGAAAUUGAAUAUAGUACUGACGAUUUUUUAUUACGGAAUUU